AUGACCCCCUCGGGUCAGAGACCAGACGCGAGAGCUGGCCAGGCAGAGAGCGAGAACGAACAACAGACUGCUAGCAGGUGUUCUGUGGCAGUACAGUCAUGCGUACUGCUUUCAGGCUUGGUCAACUGCAUAGUGUCGAACAUCUCUCGAUUAGGUCACGUGCGUAUUCGCGCUGGAGAAAACGGCAUCGCUAGUGCAAAGGAUAGAAGCUUUCUUCCAUACUUUUUAAUACAAACACUUGACAAGUUUAAUCCAGAUGCUGAUCAGAGCGUGCUGCGACUGGUGACGACUUCCGAAGUUCAGAAGUACGUCAAGGAUGAGGAAGACAAAGCUGUAAACGAGUCCGUCUCAGUACCUUCCGUUGUCACCGCUGAUCAAAUAUCGGCACUUGAUGGGCUGAAUAAGACUUCAGCACCACUAAAAAUUACUUGUGAAAAACUCAGCAAAGACGACCGAAAGGCUUUUCAUGAAUUCGUCAGGCUUAGAUACCAAGGGAAAUUGUCUUCUGAAACCAAGAAUAAUGCUAUCGAGAUCAGUUACUGUGGUGUAAAUAGUAGAACAAGGAAGCGCAAGCGUUGGGACCAACACUGCCCCGAUUAUUGUCAUUUCACGCUGGCGAAGGAGAAUAAAGACACCAGCUAUGCUCUUGGAGAGCGUAUACUUAGUCUCAAUACUCAUCUGAGAGACAUUGUUGUAUACGAUGUCAAGUAUGAGCAUGACGAACUCAAAAUGGGUGGCCAUUGGGGAAACCGUUUCCACAUAAUUCUGAGAAGUAUUCCGUUAGAAUCAAGGAACAUUCUGGAAGACCGCCUACGAGAGUUUGUUCUGCACGGAUUCAUAAAUUAUUUUGGUACGCAACGUUUCGGUACAUGCGGUACUAAUACUGCUGCCGUUGGUAAAAAGAUUUUGCAAAGAGACUGGGAGGGUGCAAUUGAGCUAAUUCUUAGCAACAACCAGAUGAAUGGUUACCUUGGUUCAGUUGGCGAUGCUUCACGAUGUUGGAAGGAAACUGGCGAUGCUUCUGUGGCGCUAAAGAAACUUAAAGGUAGUCAGGCGUAUGCGUCAAUAGAAGCAAUAAUUUUCAAAUGUCUCGCUAAAGGCGGUACCUGGCAAAAGUGUAUUACUGAGGCUUUGCCCAUCAAUUUGAGAAGUUUGUACGUCCAUGCUUAUCAAAGCCUUUUGUGGAACAAGGUUGUAUCGCGUCGUAUAUCAGAGAAUGGGGCUGUGGUAUGCACAGAUGACUUGGGGUCUGAUGGAAAGAAAUUACCUUCGGACGCUUCUCCCUUUGAUAUCUACAUCCCUCUUCCUGGCGAAAAUGUCACAUUUGAGAGGAAUUAUGUAACAAAGUGGUAUGAAGAACUAUUGACUGAAGAUGGGUUGUCUUUCUCGUCAUUCUCCACUCUGGAAGACCGGUUCGCUCUGGGAGAAACGACAAGGGCAAUGUUAAUAUCUCCUAAAGACGUGAGGUGGAAAUUCAUACGAUAUAGUAAUCCGAGAGCAUAUCUUCAAGAUGGACUAUCUACUCAAGCUAUAGAUGAUUCGGAAAUGGUGGGCGAUCUGAUGGCAGUUCAAGUAGAAUUCAGCCUUUCAUCUGGCUGUUAUGCAACGAUAGCACUACGUCAAAUUACUGGAACUGAUAUGGGCAAACAGUCAAUGAAGAUUCAUUCUGAAUCAGCCAGGAAUGACGAGUGUGGCAAAGAGGGUAGUGGUAAACCUGAUGGAGAUUCAAUAGGAGAUAAGAAUAUUCUGAUAAUGUUAAUAGGUGACGUCACGCCUACGGAAAUGGGUAGUGAUGAUGGAAUCUUUAUACAUGGAUUAAAAUGUCCACAAACAUCCACACAUACAGCUGCAGACACAAGACAAGAUGUUCUUCUAGAAAAGGAGGGUAACGAUAACAGGCAACAGUGCACUUCAAAGGAGUCUGAUGAGAAUCCUAAUCCAGCAAUUGCGUUCCGUGAUCUUGUGAUCCGUGCGGCCAGAGAUUACUUGGAAAACUCACAAUACUCGGACCAUCCGUAUGCUACACCUCUUCCGUCGGGUACGCUCAUUCGACCAUAUGAUCCACAUCCAAAUAUGCCAGGUCGUACAAGAUCCCCAAACGGUCCAUUGUUCCCUGCACCGGAUCCACUCCAGCCUAUUCCUAACCCUAUGAACCCUCUUAUUCAGCCUCCAGGAGUGAAUCCAUUUGGGCCAGCAGGAGCUCCUUUUGGUGGACCACGCGGACCAUUCGGAGGAAGAAAUCCAUUAGAUCCGUUCGAUCCAAACAAUCGCGAAAUUUUCCCUUCACGUCCUGACCGCGGUGUUCCAAGAGGAGAACCUCGGUUCUUCCCCGCUAAUCGUUGGGAUAGGAACGACUUUAUCUGA